UGUUACUUGGAACACAGCGCACAGGGAGAAACAUUUGAUCGCUGAGUUUUCUGCAAAAUUCUUGUUGUUGGACCAGUUUUGACUGAAGUGCAAUGCGAUGUAAAGCAAAUGCAGCAAUCAGUAUUGCUAUUUUAUCUUUCUGACCAUCUGGUUUGUGAGCAAGGGACCUCUGUACGCGGACAAUAUUUUCUGCAGGAACGACGAAGGGCUUUCAGGUUACUUGCAAUGAACACUGCACACCUGCUUCAGAGCUCCUUCUUUAUUGCAGUGUGCAGUUAGCACAAGUCUAGGGAAUGACAGUCUCACUCGGAGACCCGGUGGAUCCUGUUGGACCCAGCGCACUGCCUCCCGGUGACGGUAGAAUGCAAAUGGUUUGAAAAUAACUCAGAUUUAAGAAUUGAGCAUAGAGACAUUAAAAAGUGCCACAUCAAACAUGGCUGCUACGCAGGAUAGCGUGACGUGUGCCGUCUGCAUGGAAGUUUACAGGUCACCGAGGUUUCUGCCCUGUUAUCAUAGUUUCUGUCUACCGUGUCUAGAGGAGCUAGCAAACAAACAUGGAAAGAUUAUCCGGUGUCCUACCUGUAGAGCUCCUGCUACUGUACCGCCAGGUGGUGUGUGUGAUCUACAAGUCAACUUCUACUUCACGGAGGAAGCUUUAGAGGAGGUGCGAAAUGAGAAAAGCCAGUCCCGGUGCCCUGUUCACACUAAAGAGUGUGUCAUAUUUUAUUGUACACAGUGUGACCAAGCUAUCUGUAUAAGAUGUAAACUGACUAAACACGAGGGACACACUACCGAAGAUCUCUCAGAAAAGGUCGCUCGUUGUAAGAAAACGAUUGAAGACAAACUUCAGUCCAUUAUGGCCAACAUUUCACUCGGAAAAGACAAGUUGGAAUUCUGUAGACAAAACGAAAAGGGAGCCCUAGAAAAGCGAGCUGCAGUACGGAAACAGAUUCAAGUCCGGUAUGACGUCAUUGUGGCCAUGGCAACAAAAUAUCGCGACGAAGCGCUGCAAGAACUUGAGAUAACUUGCGAUGAUGUGGAGAAAGGUCUGAGCGCCGACACACAGCGAGUACAAGACGAACUCAACUCUCUGCUCCAGCUCCAAGACCUCGCUCAACACGCGCUGAAUUCAGCCUGUGACACGGAGGUGCUGCAGGUGGAGAGAGAGAUGAGAGGUAGAGAAAUAAGCGACACUCCACUGGUGCUAUCUGACCAGACUUACCGCCCUGUACUCCACGGUGACUUCUAUAACUAUAUUGAUGACCACUACAUGAAAACAUUUAUCGGGUCACCGGUCAAACAGAGUUUUCCAAGUAAGAAAACCGCAGACAUCGUUCGAGUAGGCCGAUGUGGCGAUGGAGGAUGUCGGGAAGUCCAUGCUCUGGGGCAGCAGGAGAAUGGAAGUAUCGAUGUAUAUUAUGGGGGAACUGGAGGCGACUACUCUAAAGAGAAACACGUGAGUUUUAGCUCUGGCGGUUCUAGAGGAACUGAGACAGACUACGGAAUGCGAAUAUCAUGCAUUUCACGUAAGCCUCACUACUGGCCAUGGGAAUAUCCAACAUCUUGUAACCUUGGUUCUAAGAAUGACAGUAUGCAUUCUUUAAUGCAGAACUUCGCAACAGGUGUAUCUUAUGUAUGCUCAAUGAAGUGGAAACAAGAAGAUGGACAAGAAACGUGCUGUGCAGGUCUUACUUUAAGUCACCCAAAGGUAAACAGAGCACAGAACUUUGAUUUAAACGAGCAAGGAACGCUCUUUGCUGUAGUAGACGAAGAGAAAGAGAAGAACUCAGAUGAUGAAUCAAUGAAGACAAACAACAAUAAACCGGACAGCCGGCGUUCCCGUGUUAUACGUCUGUAUUCUAUAAAAUCUGACGACCCCAUAGCGACCUACACGUCACCAUUACAACCCUUCUUCCCAACAGACUUCUGCUUCUAUGGCAACGAUUUACUGCUGAUCGCUGAUUGGAUGAACGAUUGUGUGCACGUGACAAGAGUAUCAGAACUUGACAUCACUUUCGACAGCUACCUGCCGUGCAGUGGUGACAUCGUGCGGCCCACAGCUUUGAACCUUGACCUUAACGGUCAGCUGCUGAUUGGAUGUGGUGAUGGAUGGGUCCUUAAAUUACCUGUCAAUUACUAGGAAAUAUUUUCUGAUAGCGUUUUGUCUAAACUGUGGAAAAUUAUUAGUAAGUAUAUGGCAAUGACACUCAUAGAACACAAGGGACAGAAUAGUUAAGGGGAAACAUUUAAAUACUAAUGCACAAAACGUAUAUAUUAACAAUUAAGCACUGAUGGCUUGAAAAAAUUGCACAAGACAGCAGUUUAGCAAAGAUUCUCUUAACUUUUUGUCAUACAUUGAGAAACAUUAACAAAUUGUGACCCGAGUAUGCCAAUUUUAUUGCGCAAGAAGCUUAUUAUUCUUUUUUAGGAUGAUGUGACAAAGCACUGAUUGAGCAACAGAUAUAUUCCGUAAGUCUUUGGAGACUGUAUGUGUGUUAAAUAUAUAUAUUACAAGGAGAAUAUAGAAGAUGAAGGAGUAGUUGAUGUAAGAGAUGGAGAAGCUAUUUAUGACAAAGAAUGCACUUCAUUCAAGUCAAUGACCUUGAAAGUGGCAAAGAGGACGUUGUAACCUUUCAAGAAUUUCAAAGAGAUUUAAGAGAUUUAAGUGUAUACUAUACAAGCGCAUUUUACAUACUACUAGAAGUACAAGUACAACGUGUAAAUGUUAGGAACGGAUGGGGUGGGGUGGGGUUGUCGCUUCUGUCUGUUGGUAGACAGAGACUAUCACCCUUACCCGUGCACUAGAUGGAACUCGUCGAAGUGACGACAUUGUAAAAAAAUCGUGCAUGAGCGAGUGAAAGGUUCACUGAACCCCAGGUGUAUGGGGGAAAUACUGAGUUUGUUUUUUUUCCAUGCCAGUCUCCGAAGCAGACUGCAGCGAAUUUUGAGUAUAAGAGAUUUGGGAAUCACAUUAAUUCAUUGCCUAUUCAAGGUAUGGGAUAAGUUGGUUUUUCUUGCUUUGACUAUCUCCCGAUCCGCGAAAGAAUGGUGUGAAGUGAUGUAAAAUUUGGUUGUAAGUUAUUGUUGUGAGAGUAAUAAAGUCAAAUCGAAUAUUUAUUAGUUAAGUACGUAAGCGUUGCACUAAAGUGUAUCGUCGGCAGUCAGGUGUGUCUACCUAGUCAGCACCUACUGUUUGGAAGUUGGAAAGUGUAGUGGACACCGGCCCCCCUGGGACAAGGAUACUUAUGACGUCAGCCUGGAGUAUUGACCUCGUCAACCCCAGUGGUCCCUGCUAAAGAGGAUUAUUCAAGAACUGUUAUUGAACGAAGUUUUAAGAAUGAUUAUUCAAGGAAGUGUAGAUAUGUGUGUGUAAGCGUGAGCGUCUAUGGACAUCAUCCGAAUCAUGUUAGAUUUGGUUGAACUGUUGAAGAAACAUUUGUCUAAUAACAAGGGACGUAAGGAGGGUUUAGUCAUUCAUGACUUUAAUAUUAUGUUUAUUAUUUAAUAUUGUGUUUUGGGUACUAGUCAUGUUUAUGUAUUGAUGGUUGAGUUUUGUAAGAGUUGUCACCCUUUCCUUCCAAUAAAUACAUUGUACAAGCACCCGCAUAGAGAAAACCCGCGUACAAAUCAUUGUAUUCUGUUGUAAGAAAGAACAGGUGUGAGACGGAGUGUGUUGACAGUGACCUGUGUGUGUCCGUCCCCAACAAUUGGUGAUUUGUCGUGGGUUUGUAUCAUCUAAGUCGGAUGAGAGCUUGUCUUUGAUGUCGUGUUUGUGAUCUCCCAUUGGGCUUGUAGUAUAGAUGUUCAUCUCUGUUGUAGUAAGUUGAAAAUUUGUUGGGCUGUGUGCAGUAUACCCCGUCUCCAGCUUGACGUGUCUGGAGAUUGUAUAGUUCACUCCACAGAAAGGGCCUAGUCUCUUUACCUGCUGUUUGGUCUUGUCUUUCUUUCACAACUCUCUCUUCUGUGUCUGAAAGCCUGUAUAGUAACCGGAAAUAGGAGUGGAUGCUAUCUAUCCUGUAGCUACCUGCCUUGUUUAUGAAACAAAUUUUUUGGUGGGAGAGAGGGGGGGGGGCUUUCACUAUUUUUCAUGCUAUGUGGUGUUAUUCUGUGGUUUAAUUGGUGACAUGUCAUGUGGUCAUAGGAUGUGCUUCUCUGAUGACAUGCUGUGUGAUGAUAAUAGGUGCUUUGAUUGGUAUGAUGUAUGUUAUGCUAUUGUGUGCAUAGCAUCUUAGGACCAGUGAACCAGUGAAGUUGACUUUGUUGUAAUUUAGGGAUUGUUCUCCCCUUUGCUUUAUUGUGAUAACCACUUAAGAGGGUAUCUUUUGAGGAUUGUGCCCCUUUCUUGAGUUGGUAUUGGGCUGUUUGUACUGCAACCAUAAUUGUAACAUGCCUUGCUUGGGCUUAGGGUUAGUUAUUUUAAUUUUUGGAAAGUAAUAUUUUAGAGGUACUACAGAUGAUGGAAACAUUCCAAAGUCGAGCAGGCGAGAUGAUAGGAUUAAUGGAAGGAGACCUUACCAACUAUAGUUUGCAGUGUAUAGAGAGACAAGAUAGAAUGACAGACAGAUUAGAAAGAGAAAAGGAAGCCGAAAGAUUAGACAGAAAAGAGGAAGCAGAAAGAUUAGCAAGAGAGAGAGCAGGUGACAGAUUAGAAAGAGAAGGUGAUAUGACAAGACUUGAAGAGUAUAUCCCUGAACUCCCCAUGUUCCAAGAAGACAGCGACGACAUAGACGCAUAUAUUUGAAGAUUUGAGACACAUGCCCGAAUAUUUAAUUGGUCGACAGAGAUGUGCUCCCAUAAUUUGGCUCUAAAGUUGCAAGGCCGAGCCUUGGGUGUGUACCCCACUUUGAGUCUCAAAGGAGACACCAGUUAUGAGAAGUUAAAAAAACGACACUAAUAUUGAAUUUUCAGCGUCCAGAAGAAGAAUGUAGAAUGUGUGUGCGUGUGCGUGUGCGUGUGCGUGUGAACGUCUAUGGAAAUCAUCGGAACUGUAAGUUAGAUUUGGUUGAACUGUUGGAGAAACAUUUGUCUAAUAACAAGGGACGUAGAGAGGGUUUAGUCAUUCAUGACUUUAAUAUUAUGUUUAUUAUUUAAUAUGAUGUUUUGGGUACUAGUCAUGUUUAUGUAUUGAUGGUUGAGUUUUGUAAGAGUUGUCACCUUUUCCUUCCAAUAAAUACAAGCACCCGCAUAGAGAA